AUGGAGGCGACCAACGAAUGUAUAUUAUGUGCAGAGCCAAUGGAACACAAUGUUUUGCUUCCAUGUGGACAUUCACCAAUGUGCAUGAAGUGUUACCUCACUCUUCAGCAGUGUUACAAACAAAAUACUUGUCCUAUCUGCCAGAACGAAAUUAAUCCAGGCCCGAUAAUCACAGACAAGAGCGAACCACUUGCAUAUGAAGAAGAGGUUAAAACUGGAUAUAAAUUCGAUGAAAAGCUUAAGUUUUACUAUUCAGAUGAUAAUAUUCAGCAAGAAAUGCAAUCCUUCUUGAAAUACCAAUGCCCAGAAUGCGGUGAGUACUUUACAAACAAAAAGCAGUUCCAAGGCCACAUUUUAACUCAUGGCCUCUACUGCUGCAACUGUUGCUCUCGUUCUGGCAGGUUCCUUAACAUCGAUGUACCUAUUUUCUCUAAGCCCGAGCUUAAAUUACACCUCAAACAGCAUCCAAAGUGCUUAGUUUGCCCAUAUCAAGCGUUUGAUGCUCAUGAUUUAGGUGUACAUAUGAAUGACUGCCAUGUAAGAUGCAGCUUGUGCGCAAAACAUGACAAAAUCUUAUGGUUUGCCACUAAAGAAGAUGUAUUUAAGCAUAAUCGCGAAUGCCAUUGGAUUUGCGAGCAUCCAGACUGCAUGCAGCUCACUACUAAUGCUUACAAUGACCAAUUGGAGCUCCAAUUCCACCAACUCGGUGUUCAUAAAACAAAAAUUCCUUCUACAGUCCAUCCCAUAUCAGAAAUGAAGGAAGACAAAGAAAGACCAAGCCAAAUAUUGAGAGAGCAGCAACAACGUCACAUGGAUGCCUGCAAGAAACUCGCAUUUAAUGCAAAUGAUCAAUUCCACGGAAAUAGAAAGCGCGUUGGCAACUUACUUAAGAAUAUCGACUUACUUGACCAACACCGCAUUACUCCACAGGAGUUUUUGAAGAGUUAUCACUCAAUUUGUGGAAAAUGUUCCGAAAUUCUUUUCUGUGAUACAAUUGCUGCUGUAGGAGAUGCAAAAAUGCGUGCACUGAUCGUCAGACUACAAGAAGGCUACAGACUUGGCCAGUUCCAGGAUGAUUCAACACUCGCAGUUAAUGUUGAAGAUUCUCCUGAAGAAUUUCCAACGUUAGGUUCUGUUUACGAUGUCCCUGAUCGACCACAAACCGCCAAAAAGCCAUCAAAACCAAAAGUUGUCCGUGGAGGCAAAACUUGGGAUAAAGUUCGCAUUGGCGACGAAUGA